CUAGCGGCGUUGCGGGAAGGUGGGUCCACGCCUCUGCUGCGGACCUGGAUAUGGAGGGCAAGGCGGAGGCACCCCUGGAGCUUAGUGACGAAAAAUGUAAUUUGACUUCAGAUUUUAACGACUUGUGUUCUCACAUGAACACAAAGAUUUCAAAUAUCAAAAAGUCACUUCAGCUGAGAAAAAUAGACCAGGAACCAUCUUUGAAGACGGUGCUUAGCAAGAUAAUUCAUGAGGUAUCGCUUUUAAACAAAAUCCUCAAUAAAUUGGAGAUAGUAGUCAACCAUCAGGAGAACCAGCAGAGUCAACUCAAGGAGCUUCAGGAAACGAUUGAGAGGUACUACAAGGAAGCUCAGCAUCUUGAGGAGAACAUGCCUAUUCACCUGCCCAGAGCACUCCCAAUCCCAAGCAGCACCCAGGGCAUCACGGCGAAGGUUGAAGCGCAGUGCAAAGAUCCUGAGGUUGCCGGUGGGAAGAAGCCAGGGAAAGAGUCCAGGUGCAUCAAACAAGCAUCCUUGUUAACGGAAGAGGAGUUUGAAAGCAUUCCUGCGUACAUGCGAGGCCGCCUGACAUACAACCAAGUCAACGCAGUCCUUCAGGAAAUCAACAAGGCCGUGGUUAGCAAGUACAAGAUCAUGAACCAGCCCCCUAAGACAAUGUCCGGUGCUGUGAGGAACCUCUUCUUCAGAUUCAAGGAAGAAGAAACGAAGAAUACAAAAGGCCAGUUCUUCAUCGUGGAGGCCGAUGUGGAAGAAUUUACACAGCUCAAGGCAGACAAGCGUUUUCACAGCAUCCUGACCAUUUUGCGACAUUGCCAGAGACUGCGAGAGAUCCGUGGCUCACGCCUGGUCCGUUACGCCAUCUGCUGAGGUGCUGUCAGGAUGUUUGAGGCUUGCGGUGGGAGGUUCCCCCUUGCCCCGCUCCUCGGGACUGUGCCGCAAAACAGAAUCCUUACUUCAUUUGGAGUUUUACAUGGCAAGGCUGUUUCUUUGCUCCUCUUUCUUCCUACCCUCAUUCAUUAUUGUUGGAGAAGGUGGGUUUCAUUUGCAUCCGUAAAAUACAGUACUGUAUCUGUGAUUUUCAUCUUUCUGCAAAGGUAUGAAGCUAUACAUCCCGCGAGUGCGAUUCUCUCACCCACCCACCCACCCAGCUUUGGGGUUUCUACUUGUUGAGCUUGAUCUGCAUUUUAUAGCAAAGCAAGGAGCGAAUAGGUUGAACCAAGAAUUGCCUCUCAACCAUUGUUCAAAGCUUGAGAUUUGGAAUUGCUGAAAUGCCAAUAAAGAAUUUAAAGCACUGGGCGAGUCGGAAUCCUUGCUACUUUCUUUUGUCUCUGGGUUGCUUCUAAUGGACAUAUCUCGUUUGCCACAUCCCAAAGAGGAGGUGAACAAGCCUUUGUU